GGGCAAUGGGGAAUUUGAUGUAGUGGUGUCUAUUGGCUUCUCCCACAACUCAACGUCCUAACAAUCUGCUAGAAGAUGUGUCAUCUGAGCAUGUGACCGGACUCAAACAGCACGUCAAGACGCCCUUUCAAACGUCACGUACAACACAAAAGUGGAUUCAAUAUUCGCCCACGAAGUCAGUUUCUGAAAACCCUAAGAACCAGUCUCUUCUUGAGCUGAAAUGAUUCCCUGCAUUGGGGUUUGCUUAUAAAUAGUGUACCGGGUUGAGGUCUUACAAUGUCCGAGGAUAUGAUGCUCCAGUUUUCCUCGAACUCUUCAAACCAAUCCGACAAUUCUAAAAUGGCCAAGCUGGAAGCACGGAUGGUGCGCAAGCUGGUUACUCCUCAACCCAUCUCGUGGUCUGUUAGCUCUAAGUUUGGGGAUGCAGAGAGCCUGCCAGAGCCUAUUGUAUCAAGUGACUCCGACGAUGAUGAUAAUGGAGGGGAGUUUCUCAUACAAGCAAAUACUUUGAAGCGCCACAAGCCUGAUAAAGACACCAACUCAAUUGCCUACAAAAAUGUUGAGGGAGUGGCAGAUACGGUGAAAAAGAGUAUAGAAAUUACAGAUGCCUGCAAGGUAGGUUCGGAAGCGAUUCGAAAAAGACAAAACCGUAGCAAGGGAAACCCAACCACCGGUAGAGGGCGUGGUCCCCGGAGUGGAGACCAGACAAAAAUGUCAACGGUUUCUCCUUCAAACGGUCAACCUGAAAACUCAAUGCAUGUGGAUAUUAGGCCCAAAGAACCGCGAGGGAUUGAUGAUCAGGCUCCAGCAGAGGAUAUUAAUUCUUUACGAGCUAUGGUAACAACUUUGGAGGAAGAACUAAAGAAAUCUCGUCAAGAUGCAGCUGAUUAUCAAAACACAUGUAAAGAACUUGAGAAGGAGCUGAAGGCACUUAAAGAUAUUGAGGGGCAGAUGAAGCCAAAGAGAAUGCAAAUAAUAACAGACCUGUUGAUAUCUGUUUCAAAAGCGGAGAGGAAAGAAGCCCGUAUGAAAGUGAGUGAAGAUUCAGUGAGAUUUGGUAAAGUGGGAGUGAUGAGAGCUGGGACAGUGAUAUCUGAGGCAUGGGAAGAAGGAAAAGUUCUCAAGGAUCUCAAUAUGCAACUUAGAAACUUAUUAGAGUUGAAAGAAGCUAUUGAACGGCAGCGGAGAUCCAUGAAAAAACGACAAUCAGAUAAAAGUGACAUAGUAGAUUCAGAAGCUGGUUCUCAAGAACAAUAUCUUCUCUUUCAGGAUGAAAUAUAUAAAUCACGUUUAGCCAACAUCAAGCGGGAGGAAGAAACUAUAAUGCGUGAACGAGAUCGGUAUGAAUUAGAGAAAGGAAAGCUGAUGCGUGAAAUGAAGCGCAUACGCGAUGAAGAUGGUUCUCGUUUCAACAAUUUUCAGAUUUUGAACCAGCGAUAUGCCUUAUUAAACCUUCUUGGUAAAGGAGGAUUUAGCGAGGUUUAUAAGGCUUUUGACUUAAUGGAGCAUAGAUACGUUGCAUGUAAGCUACAUGGGCUAAAUGCUCAGUGGAGUGAAGAGAAGAAACAAAGCUAUAUACGACAUGCAAUCAGGGAGUACAACAUCCACAAAACGUUGGUGCAUAAUCACAUAGUGCGUCUUUGGGACAUUUUUGAGAUAGACCAAAACACAUUUUGCACUGUCUUGGAGUACUGUAGUGGAAAAGACCUUGAUGCAGUUCUUAAGGCAACGCCUGUUUUAUCAGAAAAAGAUGCCAGGAUUAUCAUAAUUCAGAUUUUCCAUGGCCUUGUGUACCUAAAUAAAAGACCACAGAAGAUUAUCCAUUAUGAUCUGAAGCCUGGAAAUGUUCUGUUUGAUGAAUUAGGUAUUGCCAAAAUGACUGAUUUUGGCCUUAGUAAGAUAGUAGAGGAUGACGUUGGGUCACAGGGCAUGGAGCUAACAUCACAGGGAGCUGGAACAUAUUGGUAUCUACCUCCGGAGUGCUUUGAAUUAAGCAAGACUCCUUUCAUAUCGUCAAAGGUUGAUGUUUGGUCUACUGGAAUUUUGCUGUAUCAAAUGCUAUUUGGUAGGCGUCCUUUUGGUCAUGACCAGACACAAGAACGAAUUUUACGAGAAGAUACCAUAAUUAAGGCGCGGAAAGUCGAAUUUCCUUCAAAACCAUCCGUGUCUAGUGACGCAAAGGACUUCAUUCGCCGUUGUUUGACAUAUAAUCAAGCAGAAAGGCCUGACGUAUUGACUCUAGCUCAAGAUCCAUAUCUAAUGUACCCAAAAAAGUAACAAUCAGGUAUAAAUUCUUACCCCGUCCUGCCGAGGCUUGGUUUGAUGAUAAAGUAAUAUUUGUCCAUGACUUUUUGGGUGAUUUGUGUAUAGUUGUAUAAGUGAUGUAGCUCUUUGUCUUUGCUGUGUUAUUCUUCUCUAUUGCAACUUCUCAUUGGAAUGGUGAUCAAGUGACAAAUUUUUUGUUCUUUUUUCUCAUGUUUUAGAGAGUAUAGGAGUGGCGUCUUACUGGUUCCAAA